GUGUCGAACAUGAAGGAAAGCUCUGUAAGGAAAGAAGAUUCAGAAUGACAGACAUAGAGGAAGACACAUUGACAGCAACUAUGUUAACUGCUGAAGAUGAGGAUACACAGAAAACUCAGGUGUAUUUGCAGUACGAUUUCUCCAAAAGAAAUGAUCAGUCAGCCCUUCCAGUUUUCAAUGCACAAAAAGAGGUUCUGGCAAAGAUUGAAGAACAUCAAGUUGUGAUAAUAGGUGGAGAAACAGGUAGUGGCAAGUCAACCCAAGUUCCUCAGUUUAUCUUAGAUGAUGCUGUUGAAAAACAUCGACACUGUAACAUAAUAGUCACACAGCCUAGAAAAAUCGCUGCAACAUCUCUGGCUCGUCGGGUUUGUCGAGAAAGAGGGUGGCAGCUGGGCAAGAUUGUUGGCUACCAGGUUGGUUUGGACAAUUGCACAGAUGCAGAUACCAGGCUUUCCUAUGUUACCACAGAAGUUUUGGUACAAAAGUUGAUACAUAGGGGAAAUCUUGAUGCGUUUACUCAUAUUGUAUUAGAUGAAGUGCAUGAAAGGGAUCAGCAUACUGACUUUGCAUUACUGAUUGUGAAAAAGUUGCUAUAUACUGUCUCCAGAAAUGUGAAGGUGAUUCUGAUGUCAGCAACCAUUGACACAUCCAAAUUUGCCAAUUAUUUUUCAACCCCUGUAAUGGGAAACCUUGUCCCAGCACCAGUUGUGUCUGUGGGGGACAAUACUUUGUUCAAAAUUCAAUUUUACUAUUUAGAAUCGCUUAGUGUCAUUUGCAGAAAUCGACCUUCAGUGCUACCAGAAUUACCAUCAAUACUACCAGAAGAUCCAGGCAUUUCUGAAAAUAUGUUCAAAUUGGCUUGUGAAAUAGUAAAGUGCUUUGACCAUGUUGAAAGGCAAGAAGAGGGAAUCCGGUCUGCUGCCUCCUUUGUAAAGAGAAGGGGAGCUGUUUUGAUCUUCUUACCUGGCUUAGCAGAGAUCGAGAAGUUAAUCAACUUGCUCAGUGAUGACUCUACUGCUAACCAGUGGAUGCUGUAUCCUCUCCAUUCUUCUAUCACACAAGAGGAGCAACAGAGGGUUUUCUCGGUGCCUCCUAUAGGAUUCAGGAAAGUUAUUGUGUCAACCAACAUUGCGGAAAGUUCCAUUACUGUACCUGAUAUAAAGUAUGUGAUUGACUUCUGUUUAACCAAACAACUAACUUGUGACCAAGUGACGAAUUACACAUCUCUCAAAAUGGCUUGGGCUUCACAAGCAUCCUGUAAGCAGCGGGCUGGCAGAGCAGGGAGGGUGUCCACUGGAAGAGUCUAUCGUCUUGUACCAGCAGAAUAUUUUUCAACGCUGCCUACAUAUGCUACACCAGAGCUAUGCCGAACUCCACUCUGUCAAACAGUCCUCAAGACCAAAAUUCUGAACAUGGGGGAGCCACAUGCUCUCUUGUCCCUUGCUCUAGACCCACCAAAUUUAUCAGAUAUACAUAGAACGAUUCUUACUCUCAAACAGAUGGGUGCACUUGCUGUGAAGUCUAAAGGUGUCGUAUCCGGUUUGGACGGAGACUUAACUUACUUGGGAAGGGUUGCUGCACACCUUCCUGUUGACCCACACCUUGCUAAAUUCAUAGUCAUGGGAUAUUUGUUUGGUGUUCUAAGGGAGAGCAUUAUUAUUGCUGCUGGGCUAUCCUUGAAAAGCUUCCAUGCUCGGCCCUUCCAAGACGAGCUGAACGCCUUUCUGUCCAAGGUUUCCUGGGCAUAUGGAUCCUUCUCUGACUGCUUAGCCGUAUUGAACACAUACAAUCUUUGGCAAAGCAUGCAAAUCAGAGGAGAGUUCCUGAGGCCUGGAGGGAGACAGGAACGAGAAUGGGCUAAACACAGUUACGUACAGCUUGAGGCCCUAAAGGAAGUGGAUAAGCUGGUGAAGGAAUUAACUCAGCGUUUAGAGAGCCAAAAAAUCACUGUACGGAAUCGACAGAAUCCUCCAAGGAGCCAUCAGGCCUUCAUUCUCAAGAUGUGUAUGGCAAGUGCCUUUUUCCCUUAUUACUACAAGCGGAACAUCUCUGAGAAUUAUGAGAAGGAAAUGUGCCGUGAACUCAAUGGGCACGACCCCUUCUCCACUGUGAUUGUGAGUGGGCUUCCCGCAAGGUCAAAUGUUCUUUAUGACAGUCAGUUGAAAGAAUUGUUCAAAGAAUGCUCACAAAAUCUUGAAAUUCAGUAUGAAGGUUGCAAAGCCUAUAUUCAGUUUCCUCGAAUGAGUCUUUCAUCAACCAAAAAGGAGCACUUCCAAGACGUCCCAGGGGAGUGUCCCACCUCCAUGCACCUAGCCCUGAAAAUGCGCCAAGUACCGCGAAUUCAAAAGAACCUUGUGCUGAAUCUGUAUAGCCAAGGAGAGACUCAAAAGAAAAUGUCAGAAGUGUUUGGAAGCACCACAAGCAUGUCAGGGAUAAGUUUGUUCAAGGGAUCCACACAGAGUCUUCUUGGGAAUGCAAGACUUAGAAUGGCUGACUCUCAUAUGCAUAUGUUGAGGCCCCCCACCAUGCCUAAGCCUUCAGAUCGAACUUGGAGAGUCCAUGUCACACAUGUAGUCACUGCUGGCCAUUUUUGGAUAGUGUCUGAGGAGACGAGUGCACUAAAGAAUCUCAACCACAUUCAUUCAGCCAUUCAGAGAGCUGUAGAGCAAAACCAAGCAGUCUUUAUCCCUGAAAGUGAAGUCAAACCGGGGAUCGUGUGCCUCGCCAAGUUCACCGACUCUGAUGGAAUGUCCUGCUAUUACAGAGCACGUGUGGAUGAAGUGUAUACCGGGGAAGACAACGGAGUUAGAGCUCAGGUAUUUUUUGUUGACUUUGGGAACACUGAUGUUGUAAAGGCUGUGGAACUCAGAAGAGUGCCAGGGAGCUUGAUGUUGGCAGAGAUGCUAGCAGUUGAAUGCAAAUUGGCUCAGGUUAAACCAGCAUCUGAUAACAAAUGGCUAGAUGAAGCUACGGAAUGGUUUAGAAGCCACACAUUGAAUAAGGAUUUCAUUGCCCAGAUCUACAGUGUUGUGCAUAAAAUCAUGAGAGUAAAAUUAAUGGAAGUGGAAAGUGGAGAUUUCCUGUCCGUCAACCGAAGACUUAUUGAUCUUCAAUAUGCUGUUAACGCUGAGGAAUAUUAUCUUUCAAAGCAAAAUCAUGAGUUGAGAGCCCUCUGUAACAAGGAAGCUGAAAGCACAGCCCUAGAUAACAUAGGACAUCUUUCCCAGGCCCUUUCUGUUUCAUCUCUGGAUCUAAAAUUUGGUCCAGCAUCCUAUGCAGGGAAGGCAAAGUUGCAAGGUCCAGAAUCUCCACUAAUACUGCGCUUUGUGGCAUUGUCUCUCACUGCUACUCCUUGCUUGUCAUUCAAUGCACUGGAUGCACAAAGGGAGUGA